CUUCUCGCCAUUUCCGGGGCGGUGCCUCCGCCAUUGCGGGCGGGCGCUGCUGCCGCCAUGCCUAUGAAAGGUCGGUUCCCGAUUCGCCGCACGCUACAGUACCUGAGCCAGGGCGAUGUCAUCUUCAAGAGCUCGGUGAAGGUGAUGACUGUGAACUACAACACGGCGGGAGAGCGCAGCGAGGGCGCGAGAAAGUUUGUGUUUUUCAACAUCCCCCAGAUCCAGUACAAGAACCCCUGGGUGCAGAUCAUGCUGUUCAGGAACAUGACCCCCUCACCCUUCCUCCGCUUCUACCUGGACAGCGGAGAACAAGUUUUGGUUGACGUGGAAGAUAAAACCAACAAAGAGAUAAAUGAGCACAUCAAGAAAAUCUUGGGGAAGAGCAAAGAAACGCUUGAAAAAGAGGAAAAGGAAAGGAAAAAACUAUCACAUCCCGCAACUUUUGGGCCCAAGAAGUAUCAUCUGCGAGAGUGUAUGUGUGAAGUCGAAGGCCAAGUUCCAUGCCCUGCCUUUGUGCCACUGCCCAAAGAGAUGAGGGGAAAAUAUAAAGCUGCUAUGAAAAAGGAAGAAUCAGCCUGACCUCUCAAGUCGUGCUGUCUUUCCUCAGGGCUGGACAAUCAAGGUACCUCAGUGAGAGGAGCUAACAGCUCCUGGAAACAGGAACAAGUUCAUACAGUACAGACAACUUUGUCUCGUAAGUCUUCUUACAGCUACAACUAGAAUAAUUAAAGUGAAAAAUAAAAGCUAAAGACCCAGCUUUUUUGUUGCCAGUUUUACAAAGCAUUACAGCCAACACUGCUUAUAAGGAAAACAAGACAAGGAAAGUGAACUGGCUAGAGCUCCAUUUCCUCCUCAUGCCUGCAUGUAUAAGGUUGUGGCAAAACCAAGCUUACAUUUGCUCCAGGAUAAGGAUACUAGACUAAAAAGUUAAUUUAUCUUUGAAACAGCACAGAAUUCCAAAAUUUACAGAAAGUGGUAUAGAAGCAUUCCUGCUGAUUUCCAUCUUGUACUGACUGAAGAGGGGCUCAAACUACAGCUGAAUUUUCUUUAGUUACCCCUCAGAAACACUUAAAAGUCACAUUUACAAGAUACAACUUUGACAGUUGAUACAGCAGCUCUGAAAAGCACAGAUCAAGUCAAGAAUACCAGCAGUAAAGGAGAAUGUCAGGGUAUCUUUGCAGUGCCAACAACAACGGAUCCGUUCAUCAUCCUUCUCAUCCAGAACUGAGCUCACACUGCUUAUGCUGCUAAUGCUGCCACGGCGGGAGCCAUGGACGCUAUUAG